GUCGGCCUCUGCCGUCAUUCUGCCUUCCCCAUACAUCUAUCUAUCUAUCUAUCUUCCUAUCUUCCUAUCUUCCCUCCCUCUUCAUUGGGUUCAUAUUCAAUUGGUCUUUCUUUAUUUCCCAUCUUGCAAAGAUUCGAAUAACUUCUCAUCUCAACGGUGCACCACAAAUCUUUCGAGUUCAGGUCACAUGAUCCCAUCGGACGAGCGCCCAUUGUUAUACCGAGUUAGGUAGUUAGUUGGUUGUAUGCAGACUUUCUACUGCGCUGCAGGUGCUGAGUCAAAUCUAUCCGUUCUCUCGCUCAUUCAUUGAAUCAUCAUCGCCUCGCCUCUGCCCACCCCCAACAUAAGCUUACCUGUACUCUACGUUGCUGCAGCUGUAGAGGACCCAACGCCAACAUGGCUAUUGAAGUUGUCCCCCUCACAGAGGCCGACAUCCCCGACGCCAUCGAGAUCAUCCAAUCGGCCUUCGCAGAGGACCCAUAUUUCAAGUGGGUGUUCGAUGCUGCCAAUUUCAAUAAAGAACGAAAUCAUGACUCUCUCGCUGUUCGAUGUCGUUGGGGCAUCAACAACGCCAUCUUUCAAGUUGCCAAGGAGACACCGGAUGACGACACGGGCGAUGCGACCGGCGACCGAAUGGCCACCUCGCGCGUCGUGGGUGUCUCCUGCUGGCUCCCGCCCCAAUCACCCUCCGAGCCCGAGAGCUGGUAUACCUGGUCGCAAGGGUGGUUGCUCACUGCUCGCCAGGCAUUGAACAACCUGCGCCAUUGGGGCCGCGGGGGCCUGCGCACGAAUCGCUAUUGGAUCUGGAAGGCCCGUCAGCAUGAGGCCCAGAGCCAGAUCUGGGAUGACCCCAAGGGGUAUUAUUUCUGUAAUAUCGUGGCCGUCCGACCGGGCACGCAGGGGAAAGGUAUUGGUCGGAAGCUCUUCGAGGCUGUGACGAAUAAGGCGGACCAGGAGGGGGUCAAAUGCUACCUGGAGAGCUCGCGGAAUGAGCCCAACGUUCAAAUCUACGAGAAGAUGGGGUUUGAGAUGAAGAAGGAGAUGGAGUGUAGGGAUGGGGAGGAUGUGUGCAUGCUCUAUUGUAUGGUGCGCAAGCCGAGGUCGAAAUAUUAGUAUUGAAGAAGAAAAGCGACGACGGAAAGGAGGCGGAGUCGAAUUCCACCCACACCCACGGCGUUUGCUUAUCUGACACUCGAUGGCGCAGCGCGAAUCGUCUUAUGUACAGUACUAAACGCUACUAGAUUACUAUGGAUGGAACCACUGCCUACUAAUCAACGAACCCAUGUUCUUGUUCAACUGAGACAUGAGCGUGGCUUUGCGACCGCCAAAGUUGUUGGUCUGACUCAAGAAACUCAACUCAACUUGGUCUACUGCCAGGCUUCCGGCUGAGACUGCAUGAACCGGGAUCGUCCCAACUCCUUCUUUCUAUUCCAUGUGAAUUCGUUUCGAUGGGGCAAGCCCCCCUUGUUGGGGUUCUUAGUGAAAACGGCGAGUCGUUUGGUCGGAGAGCCACUGACGAAACCGAAACCUGGGGUAGUUAC